GCAGUGGCCUCCUGCAGCCCCCGCGCUGGGACGAGCAGCAGCGGGCCUGCGCCUUGGAGCAGAUCUGCAGUGUGUUCCGAGUGGACUUGGGUCACAUGCGCUCCCUCCGCCUCUUCUUCAGCGAUGAGGCCUGCACCAGCGGCCAGCUGGUCGUCGCCAGCCGGGAAAGCCAGUACAAGGUGUUCCACUUCCACCACGGUGGCCUGGACAAGCUGCCCGACGUGCUUCAGCAGUGGAAAUACUGUGCAGAGACGCACCUCAAAGACCAGCAGGUCGCCGACGAAAAGACGUGCAUGCAGUUCUCCAUCCAGCGUCCCAAACUGCCGUCUUCCGAGACGCACCCCGAGGAGAGCAUGUACCGACGGCUGGACGUCGCGGCCUGGCUCCGCCACCUGAACGCGCUGGGCCAGGUGGAGGAGGAAUACAAGCUCCGCAAGGUCUGGCCCUUCCUGCUGCGUUAUUACAGCCACGAGUCGACGUCGGAGGAGAGGGAGGCGCUGCGGGUGCAGAAGAGAAAGGAAUACGCCGAGAUCCAGCAGAAAAGGCUCUCCAUGACCCCUGAAGAGCACAGAGCGUUCUGGCGGAACGUGCAGUUCACCGUGGACAAGGAUGUGGUACGGACAGAUCGAAGCAACCAGUUCUUCCGAGGAGAAGGCAAUCCCAAUGUGGAGAGCAUGAGGAGGAUCCUGCUGAACUAUGCAGUGUACAACCCAGCCAUCGGCUACUCCCAGGGCAUGUCGGACCUGGUGGCACCCAUCCUGGCUGAGGUCCUGGACGAGUCAGACACCUUCUGGUGCUUUGUGGGUUUGAUGCAGAACACGAUCUUUGUCAGCUCUCCUCGGGACGAGGACAUGGAGAAACAGCUGCUGUACCUGCGGGAGCUGCUGCGGCUGACGCAUCUGCGCUUCUACCAGCACCUGGUCUCGCUGGGCGAGGAUGGCCUUCAAAUGCUCUUCUGCCACCGCUGGCUCUUGCUGUGCUUCAAGCGGGAGUUUCCCGAGGCUGAGGCUCUGCGGAUCUGGGAGGCCUGCUGGGCCCACUACCAGACGGAUUACUUCCACCUUUUCAUCUGUGUGGCCAUUGUGGCCAUCUACGGGGAUGACGUCAUUGAGCAGCAGCUGGCCACCGAUCAGAUGCUUCUGCACUUUGGAAACCUGGCCAUGCACAUGAAUGGGGAGCUUGUUCUCAGGAAGGCAAGGAGUUUGCUCUAUCAGUUUCGCCUCCUGCCGCGGAUCCCCUGCAGCCUGCAUGACCUGUGCAAGCUGUGUGGGACUGGCAUGUGGGACAGUGGCUACAUGCCUGCCGUGGAGUGCACAGGCCAGCACCCGGGGUCUGAGAGCUGCCCAUAUGGGGGCACUGUGGAGACGCCUUCGCCCAAGCCCCCCAGAGAAGGCAGGAAGGGCCCAAAGACACCCCGGGAAGGCUUCGGUUUCCGCAGAUAGGUUGGGCUUCCUGUGCUAAACGAGGGGUGAGGGAACCUCAGCCAGGUCCCAAGCAUGGGGGAGCGGGUGGGCUAGGCUUGGAGGGGAUGGGAUGGUAGAAACGGAAGGAAAAUGCCCUUGGGCGGCAUGAAGGGAAACUUUUCAUAUUAAGGACAAAAGCGGAGUCCAGUAGUGACAGAAGUGAAACCCGCCAGCUGCCCAGAGUAAAGUCACCUCCCAAAAAAGCAGGACCAGAAUGCAUGGCCAUCCCACCUGGAGAUACAGGCUGGCUGGGUUCUCGUGUUGCCUGCCUUUGAUGGAUCUCGACACGUUCCAGGAAUUCCUCCAGCUUCAUCAGCCACCGAAGGGUAUUGCCAGGCAUUGGGAAAGGCAGAGACAGAAGGAGAGGUCUUGUGCACCCACCAGUGCCAGGGAGUGCAGAACAAGGGGGUCCUGUCCAGGCCCAGAGACAUCUUUGCAAGCCGGACACACCCGCCUCAUCAGGCUUCAUUCUCUGAAAGAACCAAACAUACUCCACAGCUUCUCCAGCCACAGCUGCAAAGCUGAUGUGAAGACAUCUGCCCCCCAUCCCCCCCCCAAAAAAAGCCCCACUGAUUUCAGGGUAAAGAGGUGUAAGAGCAGGGGGCUGGGGGCUUUCACACUGUCCAUUUCAACAUCCUGUCCUCUUGGUAUGUGAAGGAAUCUGCUGCCCGUGAGCCUGAGCACAGGCUGUUGAAGUGUUGGAUUCCUCUCCCUUUGUUGGGGAAUGUCUGCCUUUGUCAUUGUUUAAGGCCAACCUCACCAAAUACUGCAACCAACUGGGGUCUGGAUGGGUUGAGGUGUGUGUGUGUGUGCACGCAAAAUCCUCUGAAGGGAAUCUGCAAUGUUUGAGGGAAGGGGUACUAUAUUAACUGACCAACCAAGACAAAGGCACCUGAAAGUGCUAGAAAGCCUCCCACUUCCCUGCAGGGCCUGCAUUCUGCCAUGAAUGCCAGUCUUCUGUAAGUCAGCUUCUCAGGUGGUUGGACGCAAGAGUGGCCACAGUACAGUAGCCAUCACUCAGGGCACCUGUGCUUUCUGUGUGGGAACCAGGUCUUCCCAGCAAGCUCUCCCUGCUCCCAAAGAUUCUCAUCAGUUGCUCCUUCUGGGAUUUAGAGAAGGACAGUUAAGGGCAUGGGAGGGCUCCCAGCCAGUGUAAAGUGGUGGAGCCAUUUGCACAGGAAGCCACCUCUUGAACUGGUAGGAGCAAGGAGCCUGGAAUUGUUCCUUGAAUCCUCCUGCACAUUCUCCUGGGGAGAAAAAUCCUUGAAGUGCUGAGAGUCAUCGUGGAGACACAGCCCGACUAAGGCUUCUUCCUGCCCUCAGCUUUUCUCACUGAGAGUUGAGGCUGCUGGAUGGCGCCACUUUAAAAAGAUGUUUAUCAACAGGAAAGAGGAAGUUAUCAGCCUCCUCCCUUCUCAGCUUCUCUCUUCUCCAUGAGCCCAAGUCCUCCAGCAGGCAGGAGACUGACACUGGUACUUCCAAGUUUCUGGCCCCUCUGUCCACGAGCCUUUUCGGGAGACCAUCCUGGAGCCCCAUCAGUGCCCAGGUCUUAGGGUACUGACCAUUAUAGUCCAGCCUCAGGGUCCAGGCUGGAUGGCGGUAGACUUGUGCUCUGCUUCUGGGGAAAGAAGAUUGCCUUUCCAUGCGGAGGAUGGCUCCUGAUCCAUUAUGGAAAUGGCUUGAGUUACCCAGGCACUAUAUUGACCCUCCUCUAGAGACCACAUCCCCAUGAACAGGCGUAACAGUUAUCCAUUGCCACAGUAAUGCUACAUAACAAAUAGCCCCCAAACAUGGUGGCCUCAAAUAGCACACACUCACCUAGCACAUGAGUCUGUGGGGCAGCAGCUCAAGCUGGGCAUUUCUGGUCUGGGUUGGGCUUGCUCCCAUGCCUGGAGCUGUUAACUCCCAGGGGGGUGCUCACACAUGUAGAGGUGUGUAGAGGUCAGGCUUGGCUCUGCUCUUUGCCUCUUGCGUCCUUCCCACAAGCCAGUCCUGGCAAGGCGAAGGUGCAGCAUCAGAAGUGUACAGGCACCUUCCCAAGCCUUGACAGAUGCCCCCCGUGCUGCCUCCCCAAUGGCCAAAGCAAGUCACAUGGCCAGAUUCAGCAUCUAGGGAUGGGGAAAUGGACCCUCCCCUGCAGUAAGAGAAGUGACAUGGCGAGGGGCUGGGAUUCAGGGAGGGGUGAGGAACUGGGCAGCUGGUACGGGGCUGGAAGAGUCUACCAGCACCACAACAAAGUCCUGGUCCAGAUAACACUGUUUUGGAACUCACCUUCUACCAGGGCCGUGACUUCCCCUGAAGGGGCAGGAGAUGCCUAAGAGGAGAAAGAGUGCUCCCCCUCAUCCUCUGUAGCAGAAGAACGUCCGUGCAUUUUACAAUACCUUGUGCCUUCGGGCUGCUGUGUGUGGGGUGGAGGGAGAGGGGUCCCAGGCUCCCUCACUUUGGAGGGUCCUGGGUGGAAAGCGCUCAUCCUGAACCUCCCAGCUCCCGCAGCCCUCACCCCCACGGCUCCCCAGGACCCUCCCACCUCUCACCCUAUGGGCUGGGCGAGGUCCCAGUGAGAUCUGGUCCUCUUGGAGCAGCCAGGACCUCGAAAGCUGAAGACCUGGGUGUGUGGGCUCUGCAAGGUCCCGCUGCUCCGGAGGGAUGGAGAAGGCCCGCCCCUGCACGGCUCCCUUAAUCUGGAUGCAAUUAGAGGAAACCAGCCAAAAACCCUGCGGCAGCUGUUGCCUCAGGAUUAUUCCCAGCCAGCAAAAGGCAUUAGGCUGAUAAUUCAGUCAUUAGACUUUUAGCCUUCCCACCGCCAGAACGUGCAAAUACAGGAUAAUCAGCCCAGCACGGCCAUCCUCAGCGAUACUGCUUAUUUAACCCAUUUUUUAAAAAUGACACUUAAUGUUAUUGGCUGGGGUGCGUGUGCACGCAUACUUAAAAGUUUCCCCGCCGCUAAUGUCUGUGCUGACGUUACAUGAUGUCGUCGGGGCCUCUGGGAAGAGAGGGCACCUUUGAUGCGCAUGUGCUGGCACCGAGAGGGCAGUGGGGCAAGGACUCACCAGCCCAGUGGGGGUUCACCCUCUCAGGGAAGGCGGAUGACGGCAGGAUGAAGCUGGGUGUGGGGAAGGUGGGCAUGUAGUGGGGUCAGGGUCUGGUUAAGUGCAGAGGGGAACAGUGUGCUAUUCCAGAAGGUUCUGACUUAAGUCCCAGCAGGGGAGACUUGGAACUCACAAGUCAAGGGAAUUGGAGUUCUUGAGCCAAUUAGAGGGGUCGGGAUAGGCAGGCUGGGAGGGGUCCCCAGCCCAUCUCUGCAGAGGAGGGGGGUCUGCAGUCCAGAGGGCAGUUCCAUUGGCGGCCUUGGUCUGGAUGCCAUCAGCAGGCAGCGCUGUGUUGUCCUCAUCGGCUAAGUGUCAGGCAGGACAGAGAUUUUUGAAUCCAGACCUUUGAGUUUUCUGUAAAAUCCUUCUGGGGGCAGACAGCUGGACAGGAUGAAGAUGCUGGUCCUGAAACGAGGGCAGUGGCUGGCAAAGGUCACCCAGCUCUGACCUUUGAUGGGUAGGAAAUAGGGCAAAAUCUGUGGACCACAGUGGGUGACCUCUGUGGCUCUCCCCUCGGUUUUUUGUGAGGUCCCUCUGAGCUCUCUUGUCUGCUUCUUGUUCGGUAGAAAUAGCUGGGAGGAGGGCAGCCCCCAGGGUGGUGGGAAUCUGCCCGUGGCUGUGCCCUGCACCUGCGGAAGCCUCCAUCCUCGUUUGGCCUCCCCUCUGCCAUGCAGGGAGGCUGGAGGGUGGCAGGAGCGCCUGGGUUCACCAGGCCGAGAGAAGGAAGCCUCUUCCAGUUUGUCUGCCCAGCAGAGGCCCCCAGAGGCUGCCCUGCCUCAGAGGAAGGAGGAGGAGUUUCCCUGGGAAACCCCACACACGUGCAGAGGUGCAGCCCUAGACCGGCCUGCAAGCUGUGCCACAAACCCAUAGCAAAGGGAAGGAGCCUGCGGGUCUGGCCUGAGGCCAGGCGCUUCCUCUGGAGACCCUGGGGAACCAGAUGGCCCAGGAUCUGAUUAGCCCUGGGUUUCUAAGCCAGGCUGCAAGGCCGUCCCUCAAAGUGAAAGCAUUCUGUCCCCGCCCGUCCUUGGCUCAGAGGGAACUGCCCCCAAAGUUGUGAAGCCUGAGGACAGGGCUCCCCUGCAGAGGUUGCGCAGUGCUGCAUGGAAGGAAGACACUUACCUAGGGGUCAGGAACCUGGUUCUUGUCCUGCCUCUGACCCUUCCCGGGUGCAUGACCUUCCGGUACUCUGAGCCUCAGUUCCCUCAUCUGUAUAAUGAGAACGGUGCUGCCCUCCCAGCCCACCUCACAGGACUGCCGUGGGGACUCUCCAGGUGAAGGUGUCAUGAAGAUGGUUUACCAGCCCCGGGGGCUUCACCUGCCACUCAGGGAAGAGACCACUGAUCUUGGCCUUGCAGCCUUGGCGGAAAGGCGGCAUGCUCCCAACCUGAGAGCUCGCCCUGCUUUGAGAGUCAGCAAACCCGCUCCCUUCUACACAUCCACUUUGCUGCAUAUCCCCGACUAAGGGAGACCUCUCUGUGCCUCUUCUGUGAAAUUCACCCCAUGCCACCCCACUCCUGCCAUGAGGAUAACCAACCAUAAGCCAUGACCUUGGUGACCCCGAGAGAUGUGUCUGUGUGCCGUGUGCCCAGCUCUGCAUCAGGGAUGAGGUCCAGGCCUCGGACCCUCACGGCUGUGAAACCCACUCAAGCAGGGGGCUGUGGCCUCCUGGGUCAGGCUGUAGAGACUGGAGAGGGGUGUCCCAGGGCCUCUUGGGGGCAGGGCGGGCAUGCAAACAGCUUGCAGUCAUCUGGCCCCGUUAAACACAUUGUGCUGAAUUUCUAGGUAGGAAAGUACAUUUCAAGUUCAGAGAUCAAGUCACUUGGUCAUCUUCUUUCCAGCACCUUGUGUUAGUCAGAGGGCAGGGUUUCUGUUGUUUAAGGGAAAGUUUAAUGAAAUUCCCACCAUUACCAAGAGAUUACUGAUGUCCGUGGCUACCAUUCGUUCUCUGUAUUUCAUUUUGUUUUCUUUUUUAAAUACAAUCGCCCACUGGUCAGGCCAUGCCCCAGGCUCGGGACUGGCCACCCUGACCCCUGGGGCCACGGCCCCCACUGUGCUUCUGGCUCUCAUGGAUUCCACUGCAAAGUAAAUAAAAUCAUAUUGACAACAAACAUACCCUCCACGGCGCCUCUAAGGAAAAGGUCCAGCGAGAUUUGUUAGGUCAGAAUGUGGCAGGUUCCAGUGCUGGGUGAAGAGGGCUCCCACAGAAGAGCCAGGAGGGCCGGAGGGCUGGCCAGUGGCACAGCAGGCCCUGCUCUGGGGAGCCUGGCUGCAGGCCCAGGGGUCCAUCAGGCAUCUGAAGGGGACGGGGCGCUUGGCCUGCAGCAGGGAGGAGCUGCUCGCCUCCAAGGUGGAGAAGUAGUAGGAAAGUGCCCGUGAGCCCCAGUGACCGGGGGCCCCAAGACUGGCCCCAGCACCUGGAAACACACAGUGUUUUAUUGAGACUUGGCUGCCAGGGCUCUGAUUUCAGGGAAAGCCGAAGGCUUGCGUUUGUGAACUUUUUACGGAGGCAAAGAAAAUGAAUUUGACCUUGUUAAGGGUGGGAGUUAAAGGAAGAAUUUGGGCAUCAGCUUCUCUCAUCUCCAUCCCCUGGAGCCCUACUACAGGGAACACGCCCCAGGGAUUACAGGGAGGUAGGCAUGGGGGCUGGGGCCUGUCCUGGUUCUCCUGGACCGUGCUGGUGGGUGGAGGGCUCCCAGCCCUAACACGUGCCUGUGGGAGUGGGAGCUGGUUUUCGUCCUUUUGCCUGAGAGAGGGGAGGAGGGUGCAUGUGCCGCCCUCCUGAAUGUCUGCACCCCUGGGGGUCUCGUGUCUGCAGGGUCUAUCUCAUCCUCCACCCACCUGGCCUUGGCUGAGACGACAGAGAGCUUUGUCACCCCUUCUCUGCAGACCAGGAGUGCCCCUGCCUGAGGCUGGCUGGCCACGUGGCCAGGAGGGGCAGCAGGCCCAGCUGAUGCAUCAGCUGCCGUGCCUGGCUGGUGGCUCCACUUAGAGAAACCUUCUCUGUCCUUUUGGGAGUGGGAGGCGCUGCUUCCCCCUCAUGCCUGGCCCUAACCUGGGAUCUGAAGUCACCCCUGACGGCCAAGGAGUGUAGACAGAGAGGGAGCUUGGAGUUCAGGGGCACCAGCCCUACCAUCACCACCCUCCAGGGCACGUCUGUGGGUCAGUUUGUCCUCAGAAAGGGGCAGUCCCACCCCACAGAGCAGCCCUGCAAUGGGUCGAGGCCCAUUGUGGCCCUCACCCUGGGCCAUGGCCCUGCCCGAGAGGGCCUUUCAAACCUGUCAGGCAGCUGGUUUCCUGGGUCUGGCCCAACCAGGAUACUCCGUCAGGUGUUUGUCUUUGCUCUGCUCUAGUUCUCGCGUAAAUAACAGCCGUGUAGUCACGGGCACAGAGAUGUGCUGCCCUAGAGCCAGACUCUUCAGGGUGGCCCCUGGAAAGACCUGGCCUCUGUUGUCCUGUGGUCCUGAGGGCUGGGCCUGGGAGCAGCUUGUCUGUUGCGGCGCGGACGGGCCAUCUGCACGGCUGGCUCGCUUGACACCCCUGCUAGCGGCAGAGACACCCCCGCCCCGCCCCUGGGGCCCAUUCGCUUCAGAGAGUGAGCGUCCUGUGCACCACCCUAGUCCCAUCAUUCCUUCAUGCAUCCGUUCAGCAAGCGUUCAGCAAGCCCCACCAGGGAGACGGGUACCAUUGUCCCAUGGACCUGCUCCAGGGGCCCGAGGCUGAGCACACCAGGUCACUGGGGUUUCUGGGGCGGGCAGCACAUACUCUACAAAUGCUCCAUGAGCAAAACUGCCUUACCGGCCCUGGGAGAAGCCACUCAAUGUCUGCACUUUUGGGGCCCCCCGGGGCACACCUUGAACUCCUCGGGUCUGAGUGGCCUUUGGCUGCAGAGACUCAGGUGAGCCAGAAAUGUCACUGAGAUGAUUUUCUUUCAGUCAAGUUGAAUCCCAUUAUGAGCCCUGCCAACCCAGUUAAGUCUCAGUUGUUGUUGGUGUCUCUCCUUCCCCCCAACACCCACAUGAAGACAUGCCAUGAGCAGGGGUGGGAGCGAUCCCACGCAAAACGUGCAGGGGGCUCUCUGCUCCUGGCCCAUGGUUGCCACCGAGACGCCCUCUGUCCAAACCCAAGGAGCCCAGGAGGUCUGGCUCUUUCCUUUGACUGGGGCCCUGGUGCCCAGGCACAGCUGCAUCUCUACCCCCAUCCUGUUCCUCUGCAGGGAAGCCACCACCACCAUACACACACACAGGGCGGGGAGGCCUCAGCCAGCCCCUUUCCCUCCCCGGUUCCAUUGCCCACCUCUCUUCAAGGAGCACCAGCUUUUAGAAGAGAACCCACAGGAGGCUGGUCACAGGCUCCUUCCCACCGCCCGGCAGAAACCGGGAGGGGAAGGAGCACAAGGGCUUGACAAGCCUGGGAGAUGCUUAGAAGAAAAACUACAGUGAGAACAGGGCC